AUGGAUAUUAUGUUUACAGCUAUUAUGUAUGUCGCUGGUUUAAACUUUGUACUUUUUCUAAUAAUGCAAAGACCAAAAUGUAGCAAUAAUGAAGCUAUGGAUAAUAUAUUUAUUAAGACUCUCUAUGAUCCUUGGGUUGAAGAACAGAAUAAAACAAAUUCUUCAUACUAUCGCUUCACAAAUGAUACACGUUAUCAUUAUGAAUUUAAGUAUGAAUUCAGCUCUAAAAUUAAAAACAAUGAUCAUCGUCUAAUGAUACUUCUCAAUGGUCGUGGUCGAAUAUGUGCCGAUUAUUGGAAAUUUGCUGUUGGUCGCCGUAUCAUAUCGGCAUUGCGUGCAUCUGGCUUUUCAAUAUUGACUAUAUGCUCAGACAGUAGGAUGUUCGAUAUUUAUACUCCAAUCCAAGACAAUACAGAGUUGAAAAUGAUUUAUGAGUCUCUUCAAAUAUGGAUCAAUACUGUUUAUUACAAAAGCUUUCAAUGUUAUCCUCGUUUGUAUAUCCAUGGCAUUAGUAUAGGUUCAGCAUUUGCGACUCUACUUUCUCGAGUCUUGCCAAUUCAAGCACAAAUUCUAUGUAUUCAUUUUGGACAAGAAACAGCUUUGACAACUCGCUCUGUAUAUCCCAAUAACAUGCAAACACGUCUUGUGCUUGAUCCCACGUAUGCCAAUUGGUUUUAUUUUGACUAUUGCUAUAAUGCCAAAACUAGACCUGUACGCAAUCAGAGUCUUUGCCCGUUUCAAAGUGUUGAAAAUCAAUUCAAUGCGGUGCCACCUACAUGGUAUGUUUCUUUUAAAGGUGACCCAUGGCUCCCUAUCAAAACCUUUCGAAGAAUGCAAAUAAAGAUUCAAAACGAUUCUUUGAAUCUCGGAGGAGUACUUUUAAAUCACAAAAAAUCAGUUCAAAUUGAUAUUAUACAUCCAAUUAAUGUAACUCCUACAUAUAUGCAAGAAAACUUCGACUUGUGGCAUAAUAAGCCUUAUGCUUCUCGAAUCUUCUUCGAAUACUUAACCAAUUUUACAAUUAGUAAUAACAGUAAGCAACGUGGAACAUGCCGCUGUUCAUCAGUCAACUUCACUUACUGGGAAGGUUUUCCUGAUAUAACUUGCACAUGGACUGAUAAACGGCAAGCAGAGCAUCGUGACUAUAUUCGAGAUGUCAAGAAAUUCCGUGGAACGUUUUGCGAGGAUAUUUGCGGUGACCUGGUGACUUACCAUUCUAUGGGCUCCCGAAAUAUUAAGAAAGCUCUCAAUUGGAUAACUGAAAUUGAUAAACUUCGACAUUCAUUGCAAAUUAAAGACUAUCUCACCAGACCUCUAAGAAUUUGGAUGUACUCAAAAGAAUCGAUUAUCAACGAUACACAACGUUUUUUGUCCACCAAAAUCGAUUGGACUUCAAUAUCGAAACGAUACGAAAUCUAUUCGUCCGAGUAUCAUCUUCAGGAUUAUUUUGACCGAAUGCGGUCAUCGAGCUCGGUUUCUCGUCACAAUCUCAUUUGGACUGCCGAACCUCUACUUGCUGAUUUUUACAUAAUUCCUAGCAAUUUGAUGUUUUUCUACUUUGAAACUCAUCCGGAAUCUCUCAAUGAUACUCAACUAUCGAGCGUAUAUGAAAGAUUAAACGAUGGCUAUUUUUAUAAACUUUUAAUGAAUGUACAUAACAUGUUUCUUUAUUCGACGAUGACUUCAACAGCGAGCCUGAUCGGUGCCAAUCAUGUUAUUGUCUUACCUGACAUAGGGAAUAUUGGAUUUUUAUAUAACAAAACUCAACAACUAUUGAGCAAUGUUAUUAAGUUGACAUUCACAGGCACUAAGCAAAGCAUCUUGUCAUCGGAGUCAAAAUCUCCAUCUGGCUACGAAAACACAACUGUUACAUUCAAAUAUGGUUAUGACAUAGUUAUGCCUCCAUUCAUAAUAUUAAAGUUGAAUCAAAGCGUGUCGCUUAAUCGGAACAUGUCGUUUACCCAAAAGAAGCGUUUGUUCUAUUUUGCAGUCACUAUCAAUCAUUCAAGUAUGCUUCAAUCUGUUCAUAAACAGUUGUCAUUUUUACAGCGAGAUUCGCAACAAAAGAAACAAUACAACAAGACCAUUGAAAUCAAAGGCAAACUAUAUGAAGUGAUCUCAAUAAUGAGUGAACCUGUGGAAUUAAAUGAAUACUUCCAUGAAAUUCAAUCAAGUGUCUUUUUGUUUUGUCCAGAGACUGCUCACCCAUGGUCGUCUCCUCUUUAUGAAGCAAUGCAAUUAGGAGCAAUUCCUGUUAUAUUAACCGAUAAUAUUGUGCUGCCAUUUGAACGAUUCAUCGAUUGGCGAUCGUUUACUAUAAAGAGUAAUAUUGGCCAUGUGAAGAGGAUGAUUGAUAGUGUCAAACGCAUUAAUCAAUUUGAAAACUAUGCAAAGCCGAAACUAGAAAAGAUUAAAUCGCAAACUAACGCAUUUCAAUGGCCCUAUGAUCAUAUCAAACAAAAUGGACGGGAUAAAUAUGUAUUUGUACCUAAAGAAGAUUCGAGUGGAUCAGCUAAAAACGCUCUGCAUUAUAUAGCUCUAGAAUUGCGAUGUCGACGAUUAGAACAAUUUUAUGGAUUGACUUCAGAUAUUUUCUCGGUACAAUCAGUACAAGCUCAACAGCUUGCAUGUAAAAGUCAUCCGAAAAUUUGCCCGUGCCGUGAUAAGAAACAUUCUGUAGCUUUUCAAGAAUAUAUGUAA